GUGGACGCGGCGUGCUACAGCGCCGUCAUCCGCGCCUGCGCCAAGCAGAGCGCCGCCGAGAGGGCCGAGCACUGGCUCGAGGAGCUACGGCGGGCCCGCCUCGCGGCCGACCGCUUCUCCUACGGCGGGGUCGUGGACGCCUAUGCGCGCCGGGGCGACGCAGAGGGGGCCGAGCUCGGAGGCGACGAGAGGGGCGACCAGCCCAGGGGCGGACAGUGCACGUCUGGUCGGACCGACGUAGGCCUCCCAUGGGGCGAGAGGGACUACGGCGCCGUCCUCCGUGCCUGCGCCGAGCGCGGGGACCCCGCGCGCGCGGAGGAGUGGCUGCGUCGCGCGAAGGAGGACGGUAUCCAGCCCUCCCGGAUCGCGUACAACGGCGUCCUGGGGGCUUGCGCCCGCGCCGCCCAGGUGGACCGCGCAGAGGAGCUUCUCGAGUGGAUGCUCCGCGCGUCCGUGCAGCCUGACGAGGUCAGCUACUCGACUGUCUGUAACGCGUGCUCCCGCAUGGGCGAGGUGGAGCGCGCCGAGGCGUGGGCGGAGCGCAUGCAGAACGGAGGAGUGCGGCCCACCGGUGACGCCUGGUGGGACAACGACGGGCCGCUGCACACGCCUAAGCCGCUGAGGAAGGCGCUGUACUGUUUCUGCUCGGAGGGCCCCGCUGCUGUGGUCGAGCACCUGGAGCGCGCGCUCGAGCUCCAGUGGGUCUACGGGUUCCCCCGGGUGCCCCCCGGGGAGGCGCAGCUGACGCACGGCAUAUACAAGUACGUCGGCGGAAUGCAGCCGUCCACCGCGAAGGAGUUCCUGAAGCUGGCGCCGCCGGGGUCUCGGCUCGUGCUGGACCCCUUCUGCGGCUCGGGCACCGUGCUGGUGGAGGCCCUCGCGGGCGGCAUGGACGCCGUGGGCUGCGACGUGUCGCCUCUCGGCGUGUUCGUCUCCUCGCACCACUGCGACCUCGCCCGCGUGGACGCGGAGGAGCUGGCCGCCGCCGCGCGAGAGGCCGCGGCGGGGCUGCAGCGCGGCCCGGAGGACUGGCGGGUGCUCCGCGCGCGCCUCGGCGCGAUGCGGCCGGGGCCCGUGCGGGACGCCCUCUGGUUCGUGCUCGCCGUGGCGGUGGCCACGGCCGCGCCGCCGCCGGCCACGGAGGACCCGGAGGGGAGGCGCGCGCGGCCGUACUUCCUCUCCGCGGCGCAGAGGUACUGCGCGGGCCUGGCCUCCCUGCGGGCGGCCGUGCCGCCGGGGUGCAGCGCCCGGGUGCUGCACGAGGACAACCGCGGGCUGCGCCUGGACCCCCCCGCGGACGCCAUCGUGACCUCGCCCCCCUACCCCGGGGUGUACGACUACCUCGCCACGGCCGGCCUGGCCCGCCGGCGGGUAGCCCGCGGCGCCGCCGGCGCCGCGCUGCCAGGCGCCGCGGGCGCCGCGGCCUCGGCGGUCGAGGAGCUGGGCGCCAGGCGUGGGUGGCUGGAGCGCGGCCCCGCGGAGUUC